UGCGUGACGAGGCACUCCAUAUUUGUGCAAAGGGCAUACCAUAUUUAAUGAGCUCUGCCCCGACCUAUAGGAUAUCAGUUGAACGGGCCAUUGCUGCGUUAAUCAACAUGAAUUCAGACCUUGGUUGGCCGAAGGACGGUCAACACAGGCGUUAGAACCAGUAAUUAUUCAUAUUAGUGAUUUCAAAAUGAACUUAUAGUCACAAUGGCCUGCAAAAGGAAAUCUGACGAUGGGAUAGGAACCAACCCAACAACGACACCGACAUGGACGGCAAGCAGCACGUCUAGCACGAGCCGAGCAAAGCUUAAGCCUGCUUUCACGGCAGAUGGUAAACAGGACAAGGGCACGCGACGAGAAUCGACUGAAUCGCGUAGAAGUCAUGCACGUAGUCUGGACCCCUUAAAGAAUAUGUGCAGGGUGUUAUCCAUUGACGAGCGUACUUUAAAGGACUGUAGAACAUCGUCCGCUAAACGUCGCUCAAGUUAUCCACCACCCCCGCCGACACUCACUGAACUCAAGCCCCAUAUACAGAACAACCCAGAGCUACAGAAUCUGGCGUUAGAACUGGAUAAGAUAUUCUGCAACAACAAUAACGAAAGUGAAAGCUAUAAAGUACUGCGACGAACUAAGACGAAGUAAGAGUACUGAGUUGAUGGUUGCAAGAUUUCAACUGAACCACCG